AGAGAAGACAAUUAGAGAAAAGACAUACAUUCUCAUACAUAAAAGAGAAAAACGAAAAGAAAGAAAGAAGGAAACACAUCACCAAAAUGUUCAAAGUGUUGUCUGCAAACAUACACAGUGCCAUGCCCAAGAGCUUUGUGGCUGGUCCAUCACUUCAUAUGCUGAGACCCAUCACAUGGAAUGAUAGGCCGGCUCCAAGAAAUGAUAAGCUGGUACCAGAGCCAAAGUCAGCUCUGAUUCCGGCUCCAAUUCUGGCACCGGCUCCGAGCCCAGCUUUGGCUCCGGUUGCGGUCCCAGCUCUAGUUCUGGCCCCAACACCGGCUCUAGCCCUAGCUCAAGGUACGGUUUCGGUUUCAGCUCCAGCUCAGGUCUCAACACCAGCUCCAGAACCGGCUCCUGUCCUAGCUCAACGUCCGGCUCCAGCAUCGGCUCCGACCCUAGCUCAAGGUCCGGCUCUAGCUCCAGUCUCGACACCGACUCCAGCAUGGGCUCCAGCUCCAAUUUUGACACCGGCUCCGGCUGCCAUAGAAAAUUCAUUGGAAAAAGAAGGACAAGAAGAGUUACCACCAUCACGAUCUGCACAAUCGUCAAAAAAGUCUAAGGCUAAUAAGGGAAAAAAAAGAAAGGGUAGUGAAUUCGAAGUAGCCUCAUCGGCUCCUAAGAAGCCUAAGAAAAAAAUUAUUUGGACAAAUUACCUUCAUAACCUAUUCCUCCUAGCCAUAAGGCACAUUGGAAUACAUAAGGCGGUGCCAAAGAAAAUUCUUGAGGUGAUGAAUGUGCCUAACUUGACUAGGGAAAAUGUUGCCAGUCACUUGCAGUUGAUAUGGAGCCACUGA